UAUGACGUCGUUUGAAAGGGACGGAAGUGGCAAAUUGCUGUAGCUUCUCGAGGUUAAAACGAGUGUUUUGUUCCAAGGUUUGGUUAAAAUUGAUUUCUGGAAGAUUUAAGGCUCUUUAAAAUGGCAUUAGAGACGGUACCCAAGGACCUUCGACACUUGCGAGCUUGCCUUCUGUGUUCCCUUGUGAAGACCAUUGAUCAGUUCGAGUAUGAUGGCUGCGAUAACUGUGAAGCCUACCUACAGAUGAAGGGAAACAGAGAGAUGGUUUAUGACUGUACCAGCUCUUCAUUUGACGGGGUCAUAGCAAUGAUGAGUCCAGAAGACAGCUGGGUGGCAAAGUGGCAAAGAAUAAGUAACUUUAAGCCAGGUGUCUAUGCAGUGACAGUGACAGGACGAUUACCCCCAGGCAUUGUGAGAGAGUUGAAAAGCAGAGGAGUUAUUUACAAAUCCAGAGACACUGCUGUCAAGACAUAACAAAUGUUAUUUUUAUAAGUUACAUGGAUGGUUCAACUAAAUACGAAAUGUCAUUUCAUGUCAAAGCAGUAAACUAUGGCUUUUCAUUUCUUAAGGACUGUUGUUUUCAUUCAGCUUGUGUAUAUACUAUGUGAUGGCAAAUGCUAAGUGCAAAUUAUUUUUUUUUAAGUGGAUCAAAGACUUAAUAAGCAAAAGAUGUGUGGUAUUUGUAGCUUUAUUUUGCGGUCAAUGGACAAAGGAUGAGAAGCAUUCUAUAAAUUGGAAUUCAAUGAAUGAACCAGUGUUCUGGCUCUAAUGGAUGUAGAUUUUGUGUUAAGUCACCUAGUUUAUUUUUCCUGUAUUUUAAUGAGCUCGGUAUAUUCAGCAGUCCUCUGUGUUGUGAAGGAAUUUAAAAGUUUGCAAACAGAGUAACAAACACCAGGGUUGCGAAUAUAAACAGGAGUUUUUUUUUCUUAUUGUUCCUCACACUCUCAUGUAUAAUAAAGCAUAACUCUUUUAUGCCA